AUGGGACAACACCAAGAGGACGACAUCUCUCUCUGGAAGCUUGUGGGCUCCGAGGAUUUGCCCGCUGGCACUGGUAAAGCCUGUGUCUUGCAGAAGGAUCGCAGUGUGUUUGUCGAACUGACCUUCCAUUUUGAUCGGUCACGCGGCGACGCAGCGGUCAACCGGACCGACUUGCAACGGUUAUUGGAGUCCCAGAGCUUUUCGGACGUCAUCUUGCGGUGCGAAGGCCAGGAAUUCCCUGUCCAUCAGGUCCUUUUGGCUAGUCAAUCGCCCGUCUUUGCUGGUAGAUUUCGAAAUAUGACAGAGCAAUCGAAAAUUUGCGAAAUCGAUGAUAUCGGUCCGGAUGCUUUGAGAGCGUUAAUUCACUACGUGUACACACGCGCGGAUGUGGAAGCGGGUAGCGGUGUCAGGGAACUGUAUGAAGCCGCUGACCGGUACGACAUGGCGGAUUUGCGGGCCGAGUGUCUGCGCGUGAUGCAGCAGAUGGUGGCCAGGAUGUCGCCGGACGAUGCGGUUGAUUAUUUUGAUUUUGCGCGGGAACAUGGUCUGGAGAAACUGCUGGCGGCUGCCGCGUGGGCUAUCGCUCGGGAUGCGGAGAAUGGCGACGCAGUGGACACGCCAAACGUGUCUGAUUCCGACAGUGACAGCUCGGAGACGGACUGGGAAAUGGAGGAUUAAUCGGCAUAACAGAUUCGAGCUUUUAUUUGUGUUUUC